UAUGAUUCAAAUAAAGACAUAAAAAAAUGAAUUAAAUUAAUUUUAAUGUACCUCAUGAUACGUUGUUAAUAAAAAUGAUAACACUAUUGGUUACCUUCUCAGAUCGACCGACAAUAAAAUAUGUCAGUUACCAUGCUAUGGGAUUUAACGAUCGAGAAAGGCUGUUGGGCGCCACUUGCAACAGUCAUACAUCGAUCCAUUUGUUUAUGAGGCCGUCUGCUAGUUUGGCUGGUUUCUCUGGCACCUUGAUAUUAUGCAGUAAAUUAUUUUUACUGUGCAUUUUAUUGAUAUACAUAAGAAAUGCCAGGAUCUGGAGAUAAUACAACAGAGCUUGGGGAAGUAGAAAACGUAAGAGUAGUUGUCAGAGUACGACCAUUAAAUGGAAAAGAAUUGGAUGGUCAUUGUAAAAAUGUCACGAUCGUCGAUGCAUUGAACAGUGAAAUAAUUAUUGAAAAUCCAAAUGCUGUACAUGGGGAGCCACCUAAGGUUUUUUCCUUUGAUGCUGUCUUUGACACAGAUUCGACGCAAGUUGACAUUUACAAUGAAACUGCCAGACCUAUCGUGGAUAAAGUUUUACAAGGAUAUAAUGGUACAAUACUUGCCUAUGGCCAAACUGGCACAGGCAAAACAUAUACAAUGUCUGGCGCAAAAACUUCUCCACAGCUGAGGGGCAUUAUUCCAAAUACAUUUGCCCAUAUAUUUGGACACAUUGCUAAAGCUGAUGAAAAUCAAAAAUUUUUAGUACGGGCCACAUAUUUGGAAAUUUAUAAUGAAGAAGUCAGAGAUUUAUUAGGAAAAGAUCAGAAUACUCGGUUAGAGGUAAAAGAGAGACCAGACAUUGGUGUCUUUGUAAAAGAUCUAAGCGGAUACGUAGUAAAUAAUGCCGAUGAUUUGGAUCGUAUUAUGACUCUUGGAAAUAAAAAUCGGGUCGUUGGCGCAACGGCAAUGAACGUAUCUAGUUCACGUUCCCAUGCAAUUUUCACAAUAACCGUCGAAUCUAGUCAACUUGGAGAGGACGGGGAGCAACAUGUAAAAAUGGGUAAACUUCACCUGGUAGACUUAGCUGGAUCUGAAAGACAAAGCAAAACCAAAGCAAGUGGCGUUCGAUUAAGAGAAGCUACAAAAAUAAAUCUAUCCCUUUCGACAUUGGGCAAUGUUAUAUCGGCACUGGUUGAUGGACAAAGUUCUCAUGUACCUUACAGAAAUUCAAAGCUAACCAGAUUACUUCAAGACUCAUUGGGCGGCAAUUCUAAAACAUUAAUGUGUGCAAAUAUCAGUCCCGCCGAUAUGAAUUAUGACGAAACAAUAAGCACGUUACGUUAUGCUAAUCGCGCCAAGAAUAUCAAAAACAGAGCAAGAAUCAACGAAGAUCCUAAAGAUGCGCUAUUGCGCCAAUUUCAAGUGGAAAUUGAACAGUUGCGAAAACAACUUGAAGAAAAUUGUGCUGAAAUUUCAGAAUCUGAAGGUGAAACAGAAGACUCUGAAGAGAAUGUGGAAAUGAGGAGGGAACGUAAAGCACGACAGCGAAGAAGUCAAAUUUUAACAAUGAAUGAAUUAGACGACAGAGACAUAGAAUCGCGGGAAAAGGCUGACAAAGCCGAGAAAGAUAACAAGAGUCCGGAUGACAAAGAUGUCAUUGAACUAAAGAGAACCCAGAGUGAGAAGGAGGCUUUAAGAGAGAAAAUGCAAAAUUUGCAAAACAAAAUACUAGUUGGAGGUGAGAACCUUUUAGAGAAAGCCGAAGCUCAGGAGCAUCUUCUAGCAGCAGCAGCUGUUGAACUAGAACAACGUAAAAGCCGGGAAGAACAACUGAAAAAGGCCAUUGAGGAAAAAGAAGCUGAGCGAAUAGAUAUCGAAGAAUUAUAUUCCUCUUUGCAGGACGCGGCAGCAGGAAAAACAAAAAAAUUAGCAAGAGUUUAUACAAUGUUAUUGCAAGCCAAAGCAGAACUCUCAGAUUUACAGCAAGAACAUCAAAGAGAAAUGGAAGGACUUCUGGAAGGUGUCAGAGGUAUUGGACGGGAACUACAGCUCCAAGAACUUAUACUUCAUAAUUAUAUACCUGUUCAAUAUCAAACAAUGAUAGAAAGGUAUGUUCAUUGGAACGAAGAUAUUGGCGAAUGGCAAUUAAAGUGUGUAGCCUACACAGGGAACAACAUGCGAAAGGCUCAAGUGACAACAGCGAUAGGAAAUAACAAAGACCAACCUCAACCAGAUCUAUCCAAUAUUUACCUAUCAUACAAUACUGGAGCAGAGAACAACCUUGUGCAACCAAGAAAAUUAAGAGGUCGUUCUGGUGUACCACGACCAACAACAGCUCAUCGACGUACACCGCAAUAAAUAUAGAAUUUGGAUCAUGCGAGGCGCGGAUAUUUAUUUUUCGUAGAUAAUUUUUCUAGAACUUUUUGUAACUACUCGACAUUAUCUCGUUUUAUUGCUCUCUAAAUAACAAUGCAGUCGCGAUAUCAGUUCUUGUACAGUUUUCAAAGUUUUGCGGAAUAUUUGGUCAUGAGUGUAAACUCCGUACGAUGUCACUGAACCUAAGCAGUAUACAAAUCUUAGUCAUCUUUAAGAUGCCAAAAAGACAAGCUCUACCGUGUUAUAUGUCUUAAGGCAGUAUCCUGCUUUAAAAGGGUCGAAAAAUCGAUUUUUUUUUUAUUGCCUAAAUCUAUUCCUAAUGUAUCCAAGAAUAUGUAUUUAAAGUUAUAGAGGCUAAUUCACAAUAUUUUCAAAUAUACAGCACUAAACGCAAUGGCGUAUGGGCACCUGGAGCGCGCGCUCCUUUACUUUAAAGCGCGUUUUCUCCAGUUUUCAUUUUUACGCUUUUUCUAAACUGGUGGGCGUGAUUGCAGGAAAACUAGACGACCAAUCAAAACGAACCAAGGCUUGUUAGCUUCAGUUUUGUAUUCUGUUCUAUUUGAACUAAAAAGAUUCAUGAAAAAAGUUCUAAACAACUUUUUUAGCAAGUUAAAACGAUUUUUUUUUCACAAAAAACAUUUUUUUUUCAAACUUGAGAAAAAUUUUAGAUUUCACAAAUUUUUCGGUUUUUCUUAGUUCAUCUAGAAGAAAAAUAUAUGGAAAUUAAAAUUUUCUUCAGUUUUUUUGUUUCAAACGAAAAUUGCGAGCUUCAUCUUUCCCGCCGAUUGGAGACUGCAAUUGCAAGGUGUUGCACAAAUGAGCAUAAAAAUCUGCUGUGUAUGAAUAUUUUUCGCUCAAAAAAAUUUUUUUUAAUGUUCAAAUAUGCAAUAAAAUAAUCUUCUAAGUUC